AUAUUAUUGGUAAAGGAGUUGAUAUUUUACUAGAAAAUCAAAACAAUGUCCUUUAUAUCGUGCAUGACAGGCUGAGCUUAUUUCCUUCCAGGGGGGUUUUCCAUUUUUACCAUUUUUUUUCCCUCCCUUUGUUUUUUCUUCAACUCACUUACGAAAUUAUUAAUCUGAAGCUAUCCUACAGAGCAACAACAAAUGAUCUUGGAUCUUCUUAUACAUUUUAUUUCCUUUUCUCCUAAAUGAACUUGUUUCUGGUCUAUAUGUAUCCGUGCACACUGAAAGGCAUAGCACCUUUCUGGUCUAUAUGUAUCUGGGUGAUUAUCGUAGAUAUUUUGUUUUCAUGCAAUGGAAAAGCUAGCCUUUUUUGAAAAUAAAAAAAGAAAAACGAACUUAAAAGAUAGAAAGAAAUCAUAAUCAUUGAAUUUUUCCUGAAUGAUCCUAGGUUGCUAUUUUGCUUCUUACUGAGAUCACUCCAAAAAGUAUAGCUGUUCACAAUCCCACAGAGUUGAUUUCUGGCUUUUAUUUUCUAUGGUUCGCAAAGAAAAGUUGAAGACUAGUUGAAGUCCUUCAUUUCUUCCAUCCCUAUAUGCAUAAUUUUGAUUGCUUAUAAGGUUUAAUGGAGUCAUUACAUGCCAAUAUAAACUGACUGAAGGUAUGUUCAUGGAGUCAUCCUGUGCCAAUGCCAAUAGGAGAAGAUGAGGAUGAGGUAGAGAGUAGGGGAGGCUAUGGAAAAUGGGCUUUUUCAAUGGCUUCUGAUUUUCUGCUUCACUCUUUUUUCUUUUUUUUUUCUUUUCUUUAUUAUAACAGGAUCCUAAACGCAAGGUCCACAAACCUGUGAAAGGUGUUUUAAGACUGGAAAUUGAGAAGCACCAGACAUCUAAUGUGGAGCUGGAAAAUAUUUCAGAAAGUGCCAGCAUGACCAAUGAAUCUAUGGACCAAGGGGAUCAAGUUACUGAUGCAAUGUUCAUUAAGAGCCCCAACAAUGGUUCUGAUGGGCCUCAGAGUAGCAAUUCCAAGUGGAUUCGUAAUGAUGAGAAAAAUGCAUCUAGAAAUGGAAACACUGAUGGAAAUCCAGAUCUCAAUGUUGGUGAUGUAAGCAGAAUGCCUUUCUUGCGUUUGUAUUUUCUUUUUAUAUUUUUGUUGCAUUUCAGUUGCUUAUUUGCAUGGCUGAUAGGAAACAACCUGGGAAUUUUUCUUGUGUUCUGUAAAUAUGGUUUGCCUAUUUCUUGAUUCAAUUUUGAAUGGAUAAAUGCCUCAAUUGGCUUGGAGCAAAUUUAUCUAUCUAGCAUUUCAUAUGCUACAUGUGGUGUAAUGAUCUUUAUAUGGAUGUUGCUUGUCCAAGCAACUCCUCUCAUGAAGAGUUAUAUUUCCAGGCAUUUGACUUUCGGUCAACUUUGAGAAACGAACCAUUCUUGCAGCUUUUCCAUUCUCUAUAUGUAUAUCCUUUAACUGUGAGCUUGAGUUGGAAAAGGAAUCUAUUCGUAAGAGUUGAGCUAAGAAAGGAUGAUGCAGAUGUUCGUAGACAACCUUUAGAGGCAAUGUAUCCAAGGGAACCUGGUUUAUCACUUCAGAAGUGGGCUCACACGCAAGUUGCUGUUGGUGUGGCCUGCUACCAUGAUGAAAUUAAAGUUUCUCUCCCUGCUGUUUGGACACCAUUGGAUCACCUUAUAUUCACUUUCUUCCAUGUUGAUCUUCAAAUGAAAUUAGAAGCUCCAAAACCAGUUGUGAUCAGAAAUUUCUCUACCGAUUAUGAGAGAACUAGUUCCACAGUAAAAUGGAAAGGAGAGGCUGGAUUAUUUGGAAGAUGGAAAAACUAUUUUUAAAUUGCGAUUAAGGCUUUGCUCAUCUUUUUACCCAAUUAAUGAGCGCAUACGGGCUUUUUUUCUUGAAUACGAUAGACACACUCUUCAAACAAGUCCUCCAUGUGGUUCUGAACUUUUGGAGGUAUAUUGGCUAUGCCUCUUUCUUCGGUCUUUACAGUUGUCUU